CCUUAAUCUAUUUUCGGUCUUUAAUUAAAUAAAUUAAUUAGUACGCCGCCAGUCAUUAUGUCAUUGCGCGAAAUGACGCCACUGCAGAAACUCCGCAAUCUGACAAAUAGAGGAAUGAAGUCUAUUUCUUCCUCGACAUAAUUAUUUAGUUAUUUCCUUCCAGUUCCAACGACUAAUUAAUUACCUAGAUUGUUGCUGCUAGAAAGCUAGCUGGUUAGUAGCACAAUCAACGUUAAGCCUGAGAAGUUCAAUUUUAAAUUGACAGCCGGUGGGAUACUAAAAAUCACAUUCUCUGCCCUCGCAAUAACUUUGCCGGUACCCCUCAGCGGAAACCUCGAGGCAAAUUCAUUUUGCGAAGCAAAUUGACCGCCAGUGUUCAAGUAUCACGUAAAAAUCCCCAGUUGAAUGGCUUUCGCCGCACCCGCGAUUGGUUCGACCUUAUUCUCACGAAUUUUCCGUCCGUUCUCCACCAGCGCUCCGUUUCUCUCUUUAACACCUGAGUCUGCAUCACGCAACAUGUCCAACGACACGCAAAUUGCGACUCUAGCUGCUGGAUGCUUCUGGGGCGUGGAGCACCUGUUCCGCAAGAACUUCGGUAAUGGAAAAGGUCUCCUAGAUGCGAAGGUUGGUUAUUGCGGUGGAUCGACGGCGUCGCCUUCGUAUCGAGCUGUGUGCACCGGAGACACCGGCCAUGCCGAAGCGGUACAGGUGACGUUUGAUCCCUCCAUCGUUACCUACCGUUCUCUUCUGGAAUUCUUUUACCGCAUGCACGACCCCACGACUCUGAACCGCCAGGGACCCGAUAUCGGCACUCAGUACCGUAGCGUCAUCUUCACCCACGGAGACGAGCAAGAGCAGAUCGCCAAGGAUGUAUCGGAGAAGGUUAGCCAGGAGUGGUACAAACAGCCUCUCUCCACUGUCAUUGUGCCUGCCGGUCAAUGGUGGGAUGCGGAGGAGUACCACCAGCUCUAUCUGAACAAGAAUCCAGCGGGCUAUGAAUGUCCUGCUCACUUUGUGAGAGACUUCCCGCCUCUUUCUGCCUGACUGGAGGCGAAGAUAUGAAGUAUGAACUUCGAGAAUAUGCCCGUCUUGGAUGGUCUUGAGAUGGUGCGGCUGGACUGGUGCCGUCACUAAGACAUUUUACAAAAUAACAGCAUUGUAAAAAAAUGAUCAGUUUGCCCAGCACAAACUUGUUCGUUUCUGGCAUGUGUAUUAUUGAAGCGACCCGAGAUGUGUAUCAUAUCUCUCUCAGAUAUUAUUCAGAUGUCUCACAGUGUGUGCUCAUCUUAUUUUCAUGGUAUCCUAGUUCUUCAGAGAGUUAUGUAGGAAAGGAGCGUGUCUCCUACCAUAUGGCAAUGUGUUGAAUACUAAACGCAAGUACUACCUACAGACAACCGGACGUAGAAGGAGAGACAUCAUUAAGUCAGUGUUUUUC